ACGAAAACAAGUAAACCGGCUCCGGGAGCGCAUCUACAUCCACAUCCAGAGGGAAAAGGGAAGAAAAGCCGAGCGGGCAGGAGGAUGGUGUCGCCCGUCACCGUGGUUAAAAAUGAGGGACCUAAAUUGGUGCCUUUCUUUAAGGCUACUUGUGUAUAUUUUGUCCUCUGGCUGCCAACCUCCAGCCCAUCGUGGUUCAGUGCAUUGAUCAAAUGUCUGCCUAUCUUCUGUCUCUGGGUAUUCUUGCUGGCUCAUGGAAUCAACUUCCUGGGAACACGCUCCAGCGCAAGGAAGAUCUUGGCAGGCCUGAUAUUUUCUGCUCUAGGGGACGCUUUUCUUAUAUGGCAGGAACAAGGAUAUUUUGUUCAUGGCCUGCUGAUGUUUGCAAUCACGCACAUUCUCUACACCUCAGCCUUUGGAAUGAAGCCCUUAAAUCCUGAACCUGGCUGUGGAGUGGUGAUUAUUUGUGGAAUCUCUUACUGCUUGCUCUACCCAUACCUUUCUGGCCCCUUCACUUACCUGGUGGCAGUUUACAUCGCUCUGAUCGGAUUUAUGGGCUGGCGAGCCGUUGCAGGGGUGCAGCUCUUCAACGACCUCUGGACGUGGACCAAACUAUGUGCCUGCCUCGGAGCUGUGCUUUUCAUGGUGUCUGACCUCACCAUUGCUGUCAAUAAAUUUUGCUUCCCUGUGCCUUACUCCCGGGCCAUCAUCAUGGCCACUUACUAUGCUGCCCAGAUGCUCAUUGCUCUGUCAGUCGUGGAAUGCAAGGACGAUAAUAAUGGGAACGUCAGAAAGAUGAACUGAGGGAAAGGACCCCCUCCCACAACAACCUAACAAAGAAUUCCUGAGUUCCAGUGGGCGCAGAAACCUGAAAAACUAUGGUGUGAUCUGAUUUAGUGCCACGUGAUUUAUUUUCAUUGGUUUGCUUCUGUGUUAGCUUAUUGUUACCUCCAAGAAGUAGUCUGCAGUCAGAAAGGUGUAAAUACUGUGGUUGAAACAGGGCAGCAGUGCUCCAGCUGAACCCUGGCUAGAUGUUCCCAUCAUGCUGAGGUUUUGUGCUGUGGACUUCCUGCCCAUCAGUAAUGAUAUAGAAAUGGUCCUAAUUAAUUUCAAUAAUUAUCCCUAGAAUCAGAGUGAGCGUGCUGAAAGACUGAAUUCUGUGACGACAGGUUAAUCUCAGAUUUAUUCUUCCUUAAUAAUGUUCCUAAAUGCCCUUUGCUUACAGUAUUUGGCAGCUUUAUAACCAAUAUCACUUGGUCGAUGCAUGGUUUGAGAAAAAAACUAUAAUGACAUUUAAAGGGAAUUGGCAAAUAUUUGAAAGGGAAGAAUGUAAAUGAAAGGAUGAAUAAGCAAAUGGAAAAUGACAAACAGGAAAAGACUUCUUGGUCCAUUCAGCAUGUCCCAUGCAAAUGUGAUGUCUUGUACAUCACAAUAUAUAUAUUCCCUACUCCAUCCAGAAGUGUCUCAAUUUCCUGGCAGAGGUGAGAAAGCAGAUUUAAAACCCCGGCCAAUUAGGGGACGGAAAUAGGAAAUCUUCCUUUCUGACUCCUGAGGCAUUCAGAACCAGCCCAGGAGACCAUCCUGGCCCUGAUUCACAUUAUACAGUACCUACCUCUUGUACAAAAUGACCUCCACUUCAGGUAAAGGUUAGGGAAACGAGAUUACAGUAGACAAGUCCAGUUGAAGAACUGGCACAGGUUUGAUGGCCAAAUGAUCAUCUUCCGUGUUGCAAUUUCUAGAGUUUUUUUUAUAUGAUGUACGUGUUGCUUAGAUGCUGAUCCAUGCUUGCCUCAUGUAUGCUGGGUAUUGUUGGCAGUAUCCAGAGGGGACCUAACUUCAAAUCAUAAUGGCGAACUUUUCCCUUAUAAAAUGUGUUGUACUUCAAUCCUUUAAUCAUAAACCAUAUCUUAUUUUUUAAGUGUCAUACACCAGACGCUGUUGGAAAAUCUAUACUUUACUGAUAUGUGGCCUGGGGGAGAAGUUCACCACUGCUGUUCUUGCAUCCAGUGCAUUCUGGUGCUAAUCCACAAAUGAUGCUAUGUCUGUGCGUGAAGAGUAGUUUUAUGAAUAAGCACUUGUAAUGGAGACCGUAACCAAAUGUGGACUACAAAAUUGUGGGAAGUAUACCCUUGAAUUUCAGAUACAUGUAACUGAUGGGUGAAGCUCCUCGCUGGUGUUGUGUACUUAGAAAAUCACUUCCACACACUCUAGUUUUGUCACACAACUUUCCACAGAAUUUAGGCUCAUAGUAAAAGUGUACCAAAAUAUAAAAAAACCCAAAUAUUUUACUUUUAAAUUGCAUAUUUUGUCACAUUUUAAUUUUCCCCUCUGAUUUUCUCUUCUCCCCUUUUUGAAGGUUUUGACUCAAACUGGGAUAUGGUUCAAAGGCUACUGGCAAUCUGGUAGCUUACCAGGUAGCCAUGGGUAAGCUGGUGUGGUGGGUGAUGGAAGCCUAUUUGACUCUGGUGGUAUCACAGCUGAGCCCAGUCUUGUCCUCGCCCUGUGUCCGCACAUGCUCACUUUCCAACAGAGGUUACUGAAUAGCAAUCAGAAACAGAAGUCCCUGACAGAUUUUUGUUGUUCCUUCACAACCCUCAUCCAAAAGCACCCAGGAACUCUUCCUGCUAAGUCCGAACAGAUCAAAUCUAAAUCCUUCAUGGCUUGUACAGCUCACCCACUCACUGGUCUAAGCCAACUGUUCACAGUUGAUCUGAAAUUACAUCUGGAUUUAACUUUCUGACUAAGUUUAAAUUCUUGGGAUUUUUCUAGCAUAGCAAAAAGCAACUGUCAGCAUCUGAAGGUGACUCUUCCAUUAGCACUUCUCCAUUGUAUUUGCUCAGUUUGUUACACCAGGACAUGUGUAAUUUGCACAACUGGAUGAGGAGUGACUGUACCAGGGUUUAUAAAAUAAUCCAUUAAUUUUGGAGGAAUGCCCAGUGGGAGCUCUUUUUGUUCAAUAUGCCCAUUUUUUUAUGCUAUUUCUCUCUAGCUUCCACCAAAUGGAGAGCUGAAAAACCUCUGAAAUUUCAGGACCUAUCUUUUUAAAUGUAAAAUGGGAGAUAUGGUGGAAAUACUCUGAACAAAAAAUAUUGCUCCUGGACUCAGCUUCCCCUUUUAAUAGGUGUGCAUCAAAGCCCAAAUUUUCCAUUUUACUAUUUUAUUCCCUACUCCUUUCUCACAGUUCGUCAAAGACUUUGUCCUUUUAGCUGAGAAUGAAGAGAGGUUGCAGCACCAAGUGGAAACAAUAGGCAUUACUGUUACAGCAUUAUCCAUUCGUUUCAAUGUACUGGGAACAUAAGUGUUAUCAGCCUGAGGACUUCUAAUAUAUGGGCAAGCCAGCUAUGUGCUUAGCAGAGAAAACCAUGCACAGAGAUGUAUGUAGGAGAGUUGCACAUAGAGCUGCACAUGUAACAGUUUCCUGCACCAAAAGUAUACAGACAGCUGUGUGUAACUCUCCUGUAUCUACACUGUAUAGAUUGCUGUGUGUAAUUGUUUCUUUGUACCUACAGUGUUUAAACUUGUAUGUAACUGUUUCCUGUCCUACAUUAUGUAGACUGCUGUUUGUAACUGUCUCCUGUACCUACAAUAUGUAGACUGGUUGCUGAAACUGAUUGUAAUGCCCUUAACAGUGCUGCAGUUGAGAUCAGUUAACUCAGCAUAGACCAGAAAUCAAGUAUGGGAAUUUCCUUGCCUGUAUUGCUCAGCUAUUCACUGCACUAAUUAGUUGAUGCAUCAGGGAUAGCUAGUUUGCAAAUUCUGUAGUUGGUUCUUGUGAUGUGCAGGGUGUGUUCUUUAGAAAUAGUCCAGAGUCACUGAUCUUUGAAUGGCUAAAAUUGAGCAAUAACACUGUAAUGUUGAUUGAGUGCUUUAGGUGGCGUUUUAGACCACAAGACCAUCCAUACUCUCCACCACCAAUUUUGGUGAGAGGUACAUCAAUGACAGUUUAAAAAUAGCCAUUUAAAUUCCUUCUCUCUAUAAUGACACACUUUUUAGGCAAGUGUAUUGCUGGGUGUGUGAAAUCUUUGCACUGGAUCCAUUGGAGCUAUGAAAAUCACUAGCAGUGCAAUUAUAGAUUCUGUCCUUCCAAUUGUAGUUCCUGUGCGAGGGAGUAUUUUGAGCAGCAUAACACUCACUGGUCAUUACAAAUUGUCACUUGGCUGUGGUGGAUAAUGAUGGCACAUCUUUCUCAAGACUCGUAGCGUACAAUAUUGCAGUGCAUUCGUUAACGUCUGCUCCCACCCCUGACCUUGAGUGCAUUUCAUCAAAUGCACUGAACUUGAGUACGUUCAGUGCAUUUGAUGAAAGACUGGCUGCUGUAAUCGCUAUUGAGCAAUGCUGUCGUAACAUUCAAAGAGGCCUGUAAAAGUGGAUGGUACAGUAGGUUAGGAACUGCCUUCACCCUGGAACCUGGAUUGAAAUUCAGCUGGAUGGAGUUUGCGCAAUAGUAUCAGAACCACAAGUUGUCUACUGUCUGGAAGAGUUCUGUAAAAAGGUCUCAAUCUAGUUUCUAGUAAUCAGCAAUACACAUCACAAUGUGAUGGUAGUUAGUACUGAAUUGGCAAACUUGCUCAGAGAACCACAGGGUGAGAAAUAGAAAAAUGCCACACUGAUGUUCUUGUGAAAUAGGAAUUGAAGUACGUUAUUGGGGCAGUGUGUGUUAACUGAAUACUUGGUGCUGAUACUAAGAGCACAAAGUGGGAAGUAUUCUAGCAAUAAUGUCCAUAAUUUUUGAGCAUAGAAUAAUGAACAUAAAUGUCUUUUUUUAAUUUGUAAGAUAACAUAAGGGUAUUUCUUCAGAAACAAAGGCUAUUGAAGCGUGUACAUUUGGGUACACAAAUGUUGAGUACAUAAAUAAAGUAAAUCAUUAAUAACAUAGGCUUUGUAUGUAGUGUAGGACAAUUGUGAGCUCAGUCUACAAUAAUAUACAAAUCUAGGUAAAGAACUAGUGCUGAACAUCACCAAUGUUGAAAAGAGCAGCAAAAAAGACAAAGUAACUGAACAUUAGGGUUCUAAAAACCUGUAGAUUUCAGGGAGAUGGAAAGACUGAGGGACGUAAGGAACCCCAAAACUUUGAGUUCAUGUGGAAAACUGAGAGUUAGAGACAAGUGAUGAAUUUUGAUCUGAACACAAGUGAGGUUGUGGGGAGAAAGGCGAGAGUGUGUGGGGUUAACAGGAUGAAAAAAAGAAGUUCAGGGGAGUGAUAGAAGCAAAAUACUGCGAACGCUGGAAAUCUGAAAAACAGAAAAUGCUGGAAAAACUCAGCAGGUCUGACAUCGUCUGUGGAGAGCCUAAUAUUUCGAGCCCAUUUGACACACUUUCAGAGCUCUGAAGAAGGCUCAUACGGACUGGACGUUAACCCUGUUUCUUUCUCCACAGAUGCUGUCAGACCUGCUGAGUUUAUCCAGCACUUUGUUUUUACUUAAGUUCAGAGGAGUAAUGAUCCCUACAAUAUUGCCAAAAUAGGGGAAAAUAAGAAAGAUUGCAAUGGGUAGAAAGAAGACUGUGGCUAGCGAUAAGGCCAGUAUCUCUGAUUACAGAACCAGAAUUUUAUUGUAUCAUGUCCAGGCUGUAUACAAGAGAGGUGAGAAGAACUUGGGAACUUUAAAAGUGAAGUUUAAGCUCUUUUUAAUGUUAGCUCUAAGCUGACAUUCAGAUUCUAGCAAGCAGAGCAAGAGUAUGCAUAUGUACAGCUGUUUUUCCUGGUCAGAGAGUAGUUUGGGCUGGCAUUACGUUUCAGGUUUAUGACCAUUCAUCAGAAUGGUUAACCUGAAACGUUACCGCUAUUUUUCUCUCCACAGAUACUGCCUGACCUACUGAGUGCUUCCAGAAAUUUCUGUUUUUAUUUCAGACUUCAAUGGAGAUAAAAAUUGGGGCAGGUGUAAACCAGGCUGUUGAUUUCCCAUCAUCUGUUUUACACUAUUGCACAAAGUCAACCCCCUAGCCAUGUGUUAUCAGAAUGGAGCAGGACAAAAAGACUAGGAGGUCAAUUUGUUAUGUUUUGGCCAAUUAAAUCUGCCAUGUUUCUAGUACACUGAUCAGGAAAAGAAACAAGCAAACUAUUGCAAGGCAAAGGGAGAAGCAAACAGUUCUAUAAAGAGGAAACAUGAUUAAAAAAAAGCGGUCAGAGCUUUUAAAAAAAAAAAGCUCAACACUGAAUUUUAGAAAUUUAUGCUUCCCAACAAUAUUAAAAUUCUCUUCUAGAUAUGAACUAGUGCCUUCAACAAAGGAAAUGACCAUCCAGAAGCCUUAGAAAUGCUCAUAAUUGGUCAUUCUUUAUGCAUGAGCCUCGUUAGGAAGCCAUUUGGGGAGCAUCAUAGUCAGCCCAUUCCUUUUUCAAAGUCCACAAACUUCAGUCGGAAGCAUCAGAUCAGGAAUAGGAUCUCUGAUUUUUCCUUGCUCCCUAAUUUACUGAAGUUGCGGCCAAUUGUAUCUCCCCUUCUGCUUUCAAGCUUAAAUCAGCUGAUUUAAUUUCGACUAAUGAUCAUCUAAAUUUAUUUUUGCGUUAUUUCAGGGAGGACUCUUGCUCUGAACUUGAGAGGGAUGGGUGUAUAAGUUUUAUCAUUGCUGAAUUGCAGCAAACUGCAAGAAUGUUGACUGUAUACUGUUGAUCUGUCUGCUGGGCAUGUGACAGAAGUAUGUGUUCCCUGUCAGUUAUACUUUGUAGUCAGUUAUAUUUUUGUUUCAAGUCAAUGAAACAAGCAGAAGAAACCUAUUGGUUAAGGUAUAGUCUUGAAGUGUCCUAAUGUACACAAUAUGCACUAACUAAAGACUACCAAUUCACUCAGCACAAUGUAUGGCAUAUGUAUAUGCCAGGAGUACAGUAACUCCUGUGCAUGUACAGUGCACUCUGGAUAAAAGUAAAAAAUUCACUAUUGUCUGGCUUGUACAGCUAUGUGUGUGUGUGUGUGUGUGCACAAUUGACUCAAAGUAAAAGGGAAUGAUCAACUCCUGUGUAGUUCUGUACAGUUCUGCGUCUCAGUUUCACCUCUGGCAAAUGUCACACUUAAUAAACUUGCAAGAUAGCAGAGGAGAUGCUUUUUGAGAAUAGGUUAUGUAGUAUUUGUGCAGCUGGUGGGUCAGAUGGGUACAGAACUCAUCUUCAUUACGUUCAUCUCACAUAAUAGUUGUUUAUUUCUGAAUUGAGAGUUUGGCAACUUGGCUUAGUUAUUAGUACUUUUGCCUCUGUAUCAGAAGGUUGCUAGUUCAAAUCCUUCACCAAGAACUGAACUCCCUUAGUCUCAGCUGACAUUUCAGUGCAGUACUGACUUUGAGCUGAGAUGUUAAAUUGAGACCCUAUCUGCCUUGAUCCCAUUAAAAAGUAGAAUUGGCUUGGUGGCUUAUCUCAACAUGCCCUUCUCAACCAACACUACCAAAAAAACAUCAGAUUAGCAGCUCAUUCAUCUCAUUGCUGUUUGUGAGGUUUUGUUAUGCAAAAAAGUCAUUGCAGUUCAAAGUAAUUCAUUGUAUCUAACAGAGUUUCUGAGAGCAUGAUAAAGUGCUUUAUAAAUGCAAAUAUUUUUCAUAGAUUAGUGCUUUUUUCAUAGACUCAGGACACAGUCAAAGGUAAAUCAUGUUCCAUUUUAUCAGCUCCUCUAGUCUUAUAAUGUACCUUUUCAGUGUUUAAACUUCCUAAGAAGAUAGUGGGAUCCAAACUUCACAUUGUUGUUUUAUAUUUCAUUUAUGUUGGAUAUUCCUUUCCUUCUUCCCUGGAGAUUAGGAUCUUUGCUGAGGGAAUAUCAAAUGGACACUGGCUACCCUUUUGUAUUUACUCGUUCUUUGUGUGGACCUAGACAAACGCCAGCUGCUCCAGUCACAAGGAGCUCCACAGUCAAGCUUUCUCUCCCCUCAUCUUCCACAACAUAUAUUUCAGCAGAAGGCAAUGGAUACAGAUCAGGCAUAGGAACCUGAAUGACAUUGUUUUAUCUGUCAUUCUCCACACACCCCCCCGCCCGCCCCCCAAACCCCGAAACAAAAGUUCUGAGGCCAAUUAUAGCUUCUCUUGACUAUUGUUAGCAGUGUACCAGAGGGUUGUACUGGUAGGAUAGGUUUCAUCUUCUCUGCUGAAAUACUUAGCAUUAUGACCUGCUAUUACCUUCCUGUUAUACAUACUGUAAGAGUAUGAAUGUCUAACAUUUGUAUCAAAUUCUUUUGUAAUUUAAACAAAAGAAUUAACCCAUUGAUUAAAAAAAUUCUUGUUAAAAUAGCAGACAGAAGAAUUUGACAGGGGUGUGUUAAGUGCCUAACUUAUGAUAUUUCUCAGAAGUAUUUCUUGUGUUUUAAUCCCAGUUCUUCUAUACACAGGAAAUUAUAAUCCAGAGGCAGCACAUAAUAUAUACACUAUUAGAACUGAGUAAAGGAGAAAUAUAUGUUUAUAUGAGAAAGAAUAAUAUUUUGGUAAAGAGAUAUGUAUCUAUUUCCCUUUUCUGUGUCUGGGGAAUCAACAUUCCCCUGGCUCGGGAUAGGUGAGAAAAGGGGGCAAAGAUCUGUUUAUGAUGGGUCUCUGUCUGCACCAUCGAUUAAAGUUUUCCUCAUUAUUCAGUCUUUUUAAGAAUUUGCAUAUAGAACGCAUGCAAGGUAGUGGCCCUUGUGAGAACAACCAAGGUGGUGUUACUAGUUUGUAUCAUUACACUGAUGGGUGUUCACUUGUGUUUUCUGAGAUUUGUGUGGUCCUGCUGGUAAGGUUAAGAAUCAACAAUUUUAUAAGCAGUGCAUCUGCUAUUACAAGACAGCAGUAGAUUGCAAGCUAACUGAAUUCUUUCUAGUGCAUGCUUUUUUAAAGAGCUUCUAUAUUAAGAGCUUCAUCUGUACAUAUGGCAAGAUUUAACUUUUAAUACAUCUAAACUCGGAUUGAAACUGCUGUGAAGACUUCACUUACAUUGGUUAUGGUUGAGUUUGUGGAGUCUUGCUUUUAAUUUUAGGAAUUUCUUAAUGUUGGGGGAAAUUGGUUGCUAUUCUGAACCCAAGACUUCAUUUUUUGAUAUGACUGUUUGGAAUCCUAAUUAAAUGUGAAUCUAAUUGCAGGGACAGUGCAGGCUCGGUUUCUAUCAGGUCUUCGCUUUUACUUAAGGACUGGACUUUAUGCCCUUUGAUAAUAAAUAGGAGAAUCUAGCCCUGGUGUCAGUAUAAGAGAAUGGAAGGUACUAACUUGGACGCAAUCUUGAGAUCAGUUGCAUUUUACUAUAUGACUUCUUUUAAGCCAGGUUGCCAUUCAACCCAUUUUAGACUGGACAUAGUUUUUUGUAUAAUUGUAGCAAAAGGUAAUAACCCUAUUUUAAAGUUAUUUCUUUUAAAAAGUGGUUGCAAUUUUGUAUUGUUGAAUCUGUACACAAUGCAUUGCUCCAAGUAUUUACCAUGCAAUAAUUGUUGCUGUAUCAAUUGCUUUUCUUUGGAAUACAACGGUUGAUAAUAGACCAUUUCAUGAUUAGUUGACCUGUAUUGCCUAUUCUAUAAUUCCAUAGGUCAACGAGCACACAGUGUUACUGAACUCUUGAGUAUAAGUAUCCUGGUAGUAUUACCAUGGUGCAUGCAUGAAUAAUCUGAAUCUUAUUAUUCAGAUGGUAGCUGCCUUUGGGUUGUAUAUCUGUUUUGUGUACCCUGGUUUGUUUUUGUCCUUGCUUUCAUUGAAAAGUGUUUAUUUUCAUUGUAAAAGAUAAUGCGGUGAAAUUGUUCUUCACCUAUAGUACAAAAUGGGUGGCAGUGAAUUGACAACCUAUUUUAUAUCUUGACCGAUUCUCUAUUCUAUUGAUGGCAAUGGGGCUGUCUACAGUCUGUUAAUAAAUUGUACAAAGCAAAA